AAAACCGGGUCCGCCAUUGCUACACUGACUGCUUUAUGGCCGUGCCUAAAAUAUUCGACGAAAUUUUGAAUGUGCGAAAAGCGAUCGGCGAAGUUUUCGAGUUGCAUUAGGCUGCGAUGUUAAUUGCCUACGCCGAGGACUACGUCACCCGUUUUUACAGUGUGUUCGUCGACCGAGAGGCAGUGUUAUUUUUCAAACAUCGAUUUAGUUUAUAAUGGCCAUCGGCAGCAGUAUUUUUCGUAAAUUCGUGGCCGCGUGCCGCUGAAAUUCGAUCGCAAACGAAAAACAGCCGAAACGAAGUUUCAGGGCGUCACGGAUCAGCGAAUUGAUUGUGGUCAGUUUUUUUGUCGGGCAGCCCUUUAAAUCUUCGAUAUUUAUUAGUUUAUUAUUAUGCAUAAUUUACUACCUCAAUAUUGGACAGGUAAUUUUUGUGGAGUGUUGGUUGUAUAAAAAUUAAUCGCAGUUAAUGACGCAGCUCUCAUUGAGUAUGCACAUUUUACUAUUUUGCACAUUCUAAUUUUUAAAUCUCAAUAACAGUUUGAUGAACCUAGAAAACAGUAAAACAAUUGAAAAGCGAUGUUUACACGAUUGUAUAUACUAAAAUAAUGGGAUUGAAUACUUGAACCACGUUAUGACUGAAAUCAUCAACUUACUUUUAAGCAAAUUGUAAUACAUUUUUGAAGAAAAAACACCAAAAUGUCUGGAGGACCCCCACAUCACCCCCAUGGGAGACAAGUACCAUCCAGUAACAGUGCUUGGAACCACUUACAGGUGCCGAACUUUUUCCCGCGGCAGCCGCAGCACGCGCACAUGUCGAACGAGCCGUCGCUGCUGCACCAGCCGGCAACGUGGCACACGCCCACCACCGAGCCGAUCAAGCCGUCGCCGAUGGCAACGUCGCACGCCUCGCUGUUCCAGCACCUGCUGCAGCGCCCCGAGUGCUUCCCGGUGGGGGCGGUCGGCAGGACGCCCGCCGCCCUCGCCGCCGCCGCCUCGGCCGCCCCCGGCGUCGACCUGAGCCUGGCGGCGCGCAACGGCGCGGGCGCGCUCAACGGCGAGGCGGCGCCGCCGGCCGCGUCGCCCAUCAGCCUGAGCGUGCGCGACACCAACAAGAUCAACAGCCUGGUGGAGAUGCACACGGCGGUGGAACUGACCAAGUGUCAAAAAUCGCUCAGUCCAGGUUUGAAAAGCACGAGCCCGGGCGUAGCUUUGGACGCUAAGCUGCCGAAAAGAUCCAACAUCCGGGUGGAUUCGAUACUGGAGCGGCUGAACCCGAACAUGGAGAAAACGGCGAGCGUUCUGGAGCAAGUGGCGCCUCUGGCGCUCAACGAGAAAACCCACGAGAGGGUUUCCAAUCCGCCAGAAAAAACCUCCUCGCAAAGCGUCAUCGUUCAGCCUUCGGGGAGCCACGACGAGAACAGCAACUCCAGCGGCGCGAACCUGGCCAAGGAGGAGGACAACUCGAACGAGGACAGCCUGGACGGGCAGAAGUCGCGGCGGAAACGGAAGCCGAACAAGACGGUGCGCGUGUCGAAGGACGACGAAAAAUCCGACCACCUGUCGUUUGUCAGCAAGAUUCUCGCCGAGGAGAACAAGAUCGUGGAGAGGCGGCGCUCCUCGGACGACGUCGAGUCGCUGAUACCGGCGAAGACGCGCCGAAAAACCUCGUCGGAAUCGGAAACUAUCGACAACAUCGCCGCCAUGGUGCAGGAGUGCGUCAAGGAAAAAGACAAAAGCGUAGCGGUCGAGAGCAAACCUCCCCCUCCGCCUCCGAAACAGUUGGGUGUCAUUCGCGUCAAGGACAACCUGAUGGAGGUCAAGGACGCCGGCGCCAUCUCUGAUCGUCCUCCCCCACACGCCCCGGUGCCGACUGCUGCGCAGAAGAAGGCGACCCCCACGCAGUUCGUCGAGGUGGAGAACAAGCUGGAGGAGAUGUUCGCCGGCAUCGAGGACGCCGAACCGACCCCGUCGCCGCCCCCGCCGAAAACCGCCGACGACGACGACUCGCCGGAAAAGACCGAGGACGACCCGCUGCUCAAGCUGCACGAGGACGCCGCCUCCAAGGAGCAGAACGCCGCCGAGAAGGAGAACGAGGGAGCCCCGGAGAACGGGCAGCAAGCACAAGAAACAAACGCGAAAGCAACGAAGACGGGUAAGCGCCGGUCGCGGCCGGUUUCUCGCCGCGGGAGCGAGGUGAGUUCCACCGAGACCACCCCGAAGAAGAAGAAGCCCGGCAAGAAGGGGGGGCGAAAGCCCGCGUCGCAAGCAAGCAAGGGUAUCGGGAAGGGGGCGAAAAAGUUGGGGCAGAAGAACAACAGCAAAGUCGAGUCGAUCAAGGACGUGUACGCGUACGAUUCGGGCAGCAACGCGAGUUCGAGCAAAUCCAGAGGGCCGUUUAUACAGAUCAAAGGCCCGCGGGAUUCCCCCAUAUCGGUGAGCGUCGUGAACGCCGCCAACGAUGAUGAUAGCGACAAAAAGGCCGGGAAGUCGAAGAAGUUCCACGACGAUACCGAGUAUAGACAUAAAGUGCGCUCCAAAGGUCUGCACUGCAGCACUUUGAGUAACAAAUACGACGCGCAGACUAAGGAUGCGACGUGGAUCUGCGCGUUCUGCAAAAGGGGGCCGCACGCUACCGAGUUGUCGGGCCCGACGUGGCACGGCGACGUAAUACCCGCUGGGGAUCUUUUUGGACCUUAUAUUAUAACCAGCGAAUGUCCGGAAUUCGAGAGGCGUCUCGACGACCCGUUCGAUCGGCAGUUCAAGUCGCGGAAAAUAACGAAAGUCCUCGACGAAACUAAAAUUACAACGGCGGCGAAGAAGGGGAAGCGGAAGCUCGACGUCGAAGACGUUCACCUGGGAAUCACCCACACGGAGAGCAAGAGCUACGAGGUGUGGGCGCACGAGGACUGCAUCGUGUGGUCCGCGGGGGUUUACCUGGUGGGGCCGAAGAUCGUGGGGCUGGAGGAGGCCAUCUGGACGUCGUGCAACGUGGCGUGCAAGGUGUGCCAAUUAAAAGGCGCGAACGUGUGCUGCGGCAAGCGCGGUUGCCUGGCGACGGCGCACCUGUGCUGCUCGCGCGCCAGGCACUGGCGCUUCGACGCCGAGACUUUCAAGGUUUUCUGCCCGGUGCACGCGGCGCAGUGACGGCGGCUGCGCGUCGUGCUGCGCAACGCCAUCUAGCGUUGCAGGAGGGAGGUUCGGUUUCCGUUUGAGGGUUCCACCAUUGCGCACCAUACAGCAAUAAUCGAGUAUUACUAACUGCGUUGCGAUGGAAUCGCGGAAGUCCUCAAAUAAGUAUUGUGAUCAUUAUUUUCUUAGUUUAACUUAUACUUAAUAAUUAAUUUAAUUUACCAAUUAUGCAUUUUUUACCAUUGCCAACCCACACACGGUUGGUACACCCAAACAAUACGCAGUUGACAGAUAAACUUACACAAGGCGGUUCAAAAACAACCGCCUAUAAAUGGUAACGACAUUUUGAGAAGACUGAAGCUGAGUUACUUUUAUAUUUCCCCACUGUGUAUUUUUUUUAUUCAAUUGACUUUCCUCAUCGAUGUAAAAUAUAAAUGAAUGUUUAUAAAGUUAGUUUAUUUGUAAUUUUGCGUAAAACCUAGAUGUAGCCGAUUGUUUAUAGUUUCCUAGAUUUAAAGAUGUAAAAUAUGUCUCUAAUACGCUUAUUUUUUGUAUAAAAACUACAAAAUACUCCCCCCCCGAAAUACCCCCCCCCCCCCCAAAUCCUUUUAAAACUGUAUACCGUGUAACUGUCAAAUUUAGAUAAUAGCCUCUAUAUUAUCAAAAAAAGAGUUGUAAAUUAUGUAAAUAACAAAAUUUAUGUUUUGGGCUAAAGUAUUUAAUAAACCAAAAUAAAAAACGA